AUGCUUCAAUUGCUCUGCAGGAGAAGACAAGUAUGUUGUUUUUGUUUCAGGAUUAAACAUUGGAAGCAAUAUUUUUAAUCCACUACAAUUCCAGCUUUUUGUUGACCAUGUUACUGGGCAUUUGGGUGGUGAUAAUGAACAAAAAAUGACUUCUCAAAUUGUUCGUGUAGUAAUUGCUGGAAACUCCGUUAUAAUUCCGCAUAGUGUUCUUAAUGGACAGGCAUUAACUCCUGAGGAUCAGAGAAAGCUAACUGAGCCAAUUAAGGAGGUUGAUAUCUUAUUAACGCAGCUUGCAGCAGCUGUGCCUUUGGAUAUUAUGCCAGGUCCUACGGACCCUGCAAAUUCCUUUUUACCACAGCAGCCACUGCAUAGAUGUCUCUUCCCUGGAGCAUCCGCUUAUAAUACAUUCUUCUCGUGCACAAAUCCUCAUCAAUUUGAACUUGAUGGUUUUCAGUUCCUUGGAACAUCUGGUCAGAACAUUGAUGAUCUUGAUAAGUAUUCGAGUGCCCAGACUAAACUUGAAUUUGUUGAGAGGACGUUGCGAUGGAGGCAUCUGGCUCCUACUGCCCCUAACACCCUUGGUUGUUAUCCAUUUACUGAGAAGGAUCCUUUCUUCAUCGAGAACUGUCCAAACGUAUACUUUGUGGGAAAUCAGGACAAAUAUGAAACAGCUUUGUUACAAGGACCUGAGGAACAAGAGGUGAGGCUCGUCUGCAUUCCCAGAUUUAGCGAGUCUGGAGUUGCUGUUAUGGUGAGUUUUAAUACGCAGUCUUGUAAUUUACAUUAUUUUAAGUGCUAAACUAAGACUCUGCAAAUAAUGCUA